GCGCGCACGCGUGUGCGUGCGCGCGCGCGCGCGUGCGUGCGAGAAUGGAGGCUGGGCUGGAGUCAACGUUACAAAAACUUAGAUAUUUGGACAAAGGGAGAGGACGUCUGGACGCUCGGCGCAGCAGGAAGGCUCCCACCAUCAGCGAUCCCGUAUUACUAGCUGGAGAGAGGAUCAUCUGUCCAGAUGAGAGAGUGGACUGAGUUGGAGAUGAGCUUUUCGGCAGGGGGGUUUCUAUCCUCCUCGGAUGGUUACUGCUCCACAGAGCAGCUCCAGUAUUACGACAUGCUGGCUGACCCUCUGGGCUACCCCCUACAGGACCCUGACCUCCAGCUGCUCCCUUACAGCCAACAACAGUACAGCCCUGCCAACCUGCCCUUCUCCCUCUAUGGCUCUCCGCCCUCCUCCACCUCCUCUCCCUCCUCCUCUUCUUCCUCUUCGCAACCCUGCCAUCCUUCGUACCACUACAACCCUCAUUGCCUGGAGGCCCCCUAUGAGCCCAGCCCCGAGCCCCACUGUGGGGGCCUAGCUGAGGGGCUCGGAGCGGUAGGACUGCCCCUGGGGCGGAGGACACGGGUGGGGUCAGGAGUGAAGGGCAGAGGUCAGGAAGAGCUGUGUGUGGUGUGUGGAGAUAAAGCGUCAGGGUAUCACUACAACGCUCUGACCUGCGAGGGAUGCAAAGGUUUCUUUAGGCGUAGUGUGACUAAAAAGGCUGUGUAUCACUGUAAGAGUGGCGGUGGCUGUGAGAUGGACAUGUACAUGAGGAGGAAGUGCCAAGACUGUCGGCUGAGGAAGUGCCGCGCUGUGGGAAUGCUGGCUGAGUGCCUUCUGACGGAGGUGCAGUGCCAGUCCAAACGACUGAGGAAAGGAGGGAAAGGCAGAGGACAGGAGGAACAGGAGAACACAGACAGCAGGAGGGUCAGCUCUACCAGCAGGCUACCUGGACAGGCUUUGUCUGUCAGUUUAACCCGAGACCAGAAGUACAUUGUGGACAGGAUGGUGGAGGCCCAUCGACUGUACAGAGCACAGGACAGCAGCCACUCCAGGUUGUUUGAGUGGCCGUGUACAGAAGAAGGGGAGGGCUUGUCUGAUGUUGUAUCACCCCACCUGCAACGACUGCUACAAUUUGCCAGAACAGUACCUGGUUUUGACCUCCUGGAUUUUUCCAACCAGCACUCUCUCUUGUUUGUCUCUUCACUGGAGGUCAUGUUCCUGUUCUCAGCUCAGCAGUUCUCCCACAACCCAACAGGCCCCAGUCCAGCUCUGCAGAUUUUUAGUAUGUCAACACACAACUGGCUGAGAAAUGUAGAGUCUAAGGAAAACAUCCACAGUAGGACGCCGGUCAACUCAGGAGGCAGUGAGGAUCUCCUCGGACCGGUGCUCAACUUCUUCCACAGCAUGUCAAUGCUAAGGGUGACGGAAGCUGAAUACACCCUGCUCACUGCUACGGCUCUGCUCUGCUCAGACCGUGCGUCACUGCAGGCUGCCAGCUGUGUUGAGAAAAUGCAAGAACUGAUCCUGGACCUGCUGUCCAGGGUGUGUGGGGCCCAGGCUGGAGCUGCACGAGGGGGGCCGCAACGGUUUGGCCGCUUGCUGGGCAGACUGACGGAGCUACGAACCCUCCGUCACAAUUACCUCCUUCUGACUAGACAGCAGCCCAGACACUGACAGAGAGGACACACCGGAAAUGGUGAAAACUACCAAUAUCAUCUCUGGGAAGUUUCAUGUUUGAAUUGAAGGACUGGGACUGAAAUGUUGUGGACUGCUGUUUUUUGUUUGGACAAAAGAUAUACUGUAGGGAAAGAUACAGGUCUUUUUAUAACUGUUGUAUACAAGUAACAUGUACAAUUACAGUACUCUUCACUAUGCUCAGUGUUGUUAAAAUAAAAUACUGACUGUAUUCUA